AUGAAAAGUUUACAGAGCUAGCCAUCUAUCUAGGCUGGAUAUCGAACCUUUUACGAGUAAAAAAUUUAAGAUGAAACAGAUUACUUCAUUGAGACUGAUAUUAUUGUUGAUCAUAAUUCUAUCUAAGAUGAAGACCUACUGAUUACUUCCAGAAUUGAAGAUAAAGACAGGCAAAAUACUAUCUAUAUUUAAGGUAGAAACCUCUAUACUGAGUCACAGAGUCCCAAAUCAUUAUACGAUAUUGAUUUCAGCUAAUAUGGACUGGGGGAUUUAAAUUUGGAAUUUAGAAAACCCAGCGGAUAUGUCGUCUCAAGAAAUUUGGUAGAUGACUUGCCAGAAUAUGACAAAUGGCAUAAUCACACCUAAGUAGAGGAAAUAAAGAUUAAAGGAAAGGUAGUGAAAGGUUUUCAAAGAGGAAGUAAGCAGUUGGGUUGUCCAACAGCCAAUAUAGAAAUGACAGAGGAAAAUAAGAAACUAACAAGUGAGUUGAUUCCUGGCGUAUACUCUGCUUUUGGAAAAUUUAUCAAUCCUACCAUUGAUAUUUUAGUUCAUUCAAAUCCAUAUAAAUGCGCACUUUCGAUUGGGUGGAAUCCUGUUUAUGAAAACACUGAAAAAACAGUGGAAGUUUACAUAAUUAACGACUUCUUCGGCAAUGAUUUCUACGGAUAAGAAUUUGAGGUUACAUUAAAAUCUUUCAUAAGAUCAGAAGCUUGGUAUUCAACUUUUGAAGAUUUGAUUUUAGCAAUAUCCUGUGAUAUUAGAUCGACAGAGACUUACUUAGAGGACAAAAAGUUAUGA